AUGGCAUUUUCUACAGGUGGUGGUAUCGCAACAAUUCCGCUGCUGAAGGGAGGUAAUAAGGAAUUAUUGGUGCAACUGAAGAAUUGCUCUGGCUACGGGGGUCAGAGUCGAAGGCAGGUAAUAAAGGCCAAUCUGAGGGAAGAUGAAGCACCAUCUCCAUCUCCAUCUCCUUCUUCUUCUUCUUCUGUUUCUACGGCUGAAAAUACAAAAGGAGGACUAGGCAUAGGAUCUCCCAUUGUUGUGAUUGAAGCUCCCAAGAUGAUUAAAACCGCGGCUGCUGUUCCUUGCCUUAGGGCUAACGCUGGCUUGGUCAAUCCUGGCGAUGUUGGCAGGUACUCCUCUCUCCCCUUCCCUCUCCCCCUCAAAUUCUGA